AUGAUUUGCAUAGAAUGUGGAAAUCCAGAUAUAAAAUGCUUGUUCUCCCGUUACAAGAGUGAAUACAUUAAGUUGACCGUGUGUCCCUACUGUGGACAGAUUGCUGACAAAUACAUCGAAUAUGACCUGGUGAUUUUGUUCUUGGACAUACUCUUGUUGAAGAAACAAGCAUACCGCCACCUAGCGUUCAAUUUGACCGAAAUUGAGUUGCUCAAACAACUGAAGCAACGUUUCAAUGGCAGAAUGGUUGGAAUUUUUAACAAGUACAAACAAUUGAUGAAGGUUAUGUUUGUUAUUGUUUUGUUUGAGGUGUACUUGAUGUGGGCCAAAGAAGAAAAGAAACCAGAUCAUCUGAUGGCAAUAACAGCGAUACUAGAACAGCCAGUGUUGAUCCAGUACGUUUAUUUUAUAUCCAAGCUGCUAGUGGAAAAGUUGAUUUUCAAUAUCGUCAUUCUUAGUUUGUUUCGUUGGGUCUGUGGGUGGGGCAGCACAAACAUUAACACAAACGUGCCGAAAAAUCUUCAGUUUGGAUAUUCCAAUACAGUGUUGAUCAUUGCUGUCAUGAUGGCUAAUUCAAUCAAGCUAUUUCCAAUAUUGAUGCUUAUUUGGCCCUAUGAUCAAACAUUCAUUUCUCGUCCCUGGUUUGAUGUGAUUUGUUUUGUCAAUUUGAUAGAAGCAAUUCAUGUUGUUACGAGCUACAAAUACACCACAAUUACGUUCGUAUUGGCAAUCGCUAUACUAUCCGAAUUAUGCGGAUCAAAGUUAAUUCAUUCGUUUGUGGCACAUUAUUUAACAGACACCGACUAUUUAUUACUACUUGGAGAAGAAUUCAACAUUAGGAUACUACAUCAUUAA